AUGAAAGAAUUAUUUAUGAUUUAGUUUUAAAAAGAAUAGCAAAUACAUUCAUCUGUUUUGACUGUUAUCCUCUCUUAGAUUACAGAUUUAGUUAGCUGUCAUGAAGAUUUAAAUGACUGCCUUGAGCAAAUCCAAAUUUAUACUCAGAAAUUCCAAGAUAUGAAAAAUUUGGCUAGAAUAGAAUUUGAAGAGAAGCUUAAUGACACUAAAGAUUAUGAUAAUAUAAAGAUAAAGGAUAAAGGAGAGAAAUCUUAGAUUAUUAAUUCUCCUAAAAAACAAAUUCAUCUUAAAGAUAGUCGUCAUAAUAAUCAGCAUCAUCUUUAAGAUUCACAAUCGAUUAUCUUAAAAACAAAAUCAGAUUACUAAAUGAAGCUGUGCGUAGAUUUAUUAAGUUUUAUUCACAAAAAUAUUUUAACAUAAAUACUCGCUAGCUUAGUUGCUAUAGAGAAGAAUAAAGCAUAAAAAGAUUUUAAAGAUAAAUUAAAUAAUGAAGUUAUUAAUGUAGAGGUUUAGUGCUCUAGACUUAUGAUUUUGACAGAAUAUCUUGAUAAAUGGAUCCAAAUAGAUGCAGAUAAGGAUUGUAUAGCUAAUCCUAAUCUAAAUAAGCACAUGAUGAGAGCUGUGAAGACAGAAGAUAUAUCUGUAAAUUCAGGUAGUGAUAUUCAAGAGUAGUAUUCUCAAUUUCUGAAUUUGAUCUAUUCUAUUUAUGCCCUUAUUUACGAAAGAGGAUUAAGGUAAAAUAAAAGUAAUAAGAAUGAGUAAUCUAAAAUAAACAAAACAAACGGUAACAUAGAAAAACAAUUAGAUUAAAUAAAUGAGCCUAAUUAGGAAAAUUAGCAAGAUAUGAGAGAAGGAUAAAUACAGUAGCAAUAAAAAUUAGAGUUAUCAUAAAGUAAAAAUGAUCAUUUAUUUUUACAGAAAAAACAAGAAAUAGACUAGGAUAACGAAGCAAAUAAUGAAAACAGAUAAGCGAACUCAACUCCAGUAGAAUAAGAUAGAGCCGAUUAAAAAAUUUAGUUAGGAAGCUUUGAAUUAAUGUUUAAGAGUAUGAAAUUUUUAAUUUAGAAAGAACAAGCAAAAAUUAUGACUGAAAAACUUUAAAUCAGUCCUACUCCAGAGUAAAUUAUUUUAGCAUGGAGGAUGUAUGAAAUAGUCCCUGAAGUCAAAACAAUGUUUUCUUUGCAGCUUGAAAGAAUAAAUUACUGCAAUAAAUUCUACUUUCCUCGCUUAGCAAAGAGGAUUGAUUUAAGAUAUCUCCUUUAAAAUACUUCAAAAUAUUUUGUAUUUCCUUCAAAUCUGCCUGAAAAAGAAAAAUCAGAUAUUCAAGAAAAAAUACAGCAUUGUUUGAACUAAACGAAAUAUAUUCCACAGUUUCACCAUUUUUUACAUUAAAAGCAGCAACAAUACCAAUAACAGCUAUCUACAGCCGAUUUUAUUGCUUCUGUUCUAUAUAGCAGGCCAUCUUUGCCAUAUCAACCUAAUUAUAAUUAGGGCAGAGCUUCGUAUAAUACUCAAAAUAACUCAUUUUUAUUUAGUCAAUAAAGGAAUCCCAGCUAGGAGCUUUUUAACAUUAAUGAAAAAGAUCUUAUCAACAAAGUAAAAGUGAGAAUUAUGUCUUCAAUAAAAUUAGAAAACUCAUUCGAUAUGAGAUAAGACAAUGAGGAUACAUUCUUCAAUAAAUUAUCUAACAUAAUGUGUAUCAGUAGAGAUAAAAUUCCAGCAAAUUCAUCUUAAAAUUUAAAUGGAGGAGCUAAUGGGAAUUAAAACGACGAGGGUAAUAUUGAACCUAAAAAGAAAAUAAAUAUAAUUUUGCACAUUCAUGGAGGUGGAUUCGUAGCUAUGAAUACAUUUUCUCAUUAAAUAUAUACAAGAAAAUGGGCUAAUUAAGUAGACGAUAGUGUUGUUAUUAGUAUAGACUAUCGUAAAGCUCCUGAACAUCGUUAUCCUGCAGCUAUUGAUGAUGUAUGGCAAGUCUACAACUUCAUUAUAAAUUACUUCGAAGAAAUUUUCACAAAUAUUUAAAUUCAUACUAUCACUCUCGCGGGAGAUAGUGCAGGUGGCAAUCUCUGCAUGAGUUUAAUGAAUUUAAUUAUUUAAGAGGAACUAUUUAGAAAGCCUACUGGUAUUUUGCUCUCUUAUCCAGCUUUGAAUUUAAAUGGAAAUUUGUACACUCCUAGCAGCCUACAUUCUAUGCUCGAUGUAGUUCUUCCAUCUUCGUUCUUAAAAAUCUGUCUUGAAAGCUAUUUACCUAACACUCCUGAAUAUCUUACAGAAACAUUUGUAAAAUAUGACUCUCUUUUAAGCCCAAUUCUCAUUCAAGACAGUAUAUUACAGUAAUUUCCUCCAAUUAAUAUCUUUUGUGGUGAAGAGGAUCCUCUUUACGAUGACUCACUUAGGCUUUUUCAUAGAACAAGAAUCUUAAAAGACCCAAUGUAUAUAUAAAUGAUAGAGUAAUAUGAAGAAUAAAAGUAAUAAAACGGAUCUAACAGCAAAAAUAGUAAGCAAUUAAAUUAAGGCUCAUUUGGCGAAGAACAUUUCACUGAAUGUUAAAAUGAUAUUCUUUAGAAUCAAUCUCAUAUUUCAACAAUGACAGUGUAUCCUAGGCUAAAGCAUGGAUAUCUCAAUCUUGACUUUCCUUUCGGAGUUCCAUUAGUGAGAAAGUGUGUGCAGUAAUCAAUUGAUUCACUAAAAAAGUUAAUUUAAUAAUCUUAAAAUAACUUAAAUGUUUAAAAUCCUCGAAGUUCAACAUUAAGGUCUUAGUUAAUUAGAAGCAGUUAUAAAAAAUCAAACUAAAAUAAUUGUUCAUCAACUCCUACUAAAUAAAUAUAAACUUGCCCUGAUUAAUUUACUUAUUGA